AUGGAAACUGCAUCCAUGAGAAAAGUAUUUACUGUCUGUGCAAAAGUUGCCAAACCAAUCGUUGUUGGACAAGAUGAAAUAAAUGGCCGUCGUCAACUCAUUCCAAUUAUUGAAGGAACAUUAGAAGGUUCAAAUUUGCAUGGUGUUAUAUUACCAGGAGGUGUUGACAGCCAAGUUAUCCGUCCUAAUGGAAUUUGCGAACUCUCUGCUAGAUAUGGCAUUAAAUUAGACGAUGGAUCUUCAAUUUACAUCGAAAACAAUGGAAUUAGGACUGUUUCUGAUGAGUACGUAGAAAAAGUAAAGAAUGGCGAGUUCAUUGAUCCAAAUCUUUACUACUUUUGCACAAAACCAGAAUUUGAAGUUUACGGUGAAUCCGUUCAAUGGCUUAAGAAGCAGAUGUUCAUUUGCAAGGCCACAAGAUUACCAGAUCAAGUCUUGUUAAAUUACUAUGUUGUUGAUAAAUAA